GGUGCCACCUCCGGUCGCCCCGCCCUCGCCAUGUGGAGCCCCCGAGCGCCCCCUCCCCGCCCGGCCCUGCUGCUGCUGCUGCUGCUGGGGGGCGCCCACGGCCUCUUCCCCGAGGAGCCGCCGCCGCUGAGCGUGGCCCCCAGGGACUACCUGAACCACUACCCCGUGUUCGUGGGCAGCGGGCCGGGCCGCCUGACCCCCGCCGAGGGCCCUGAGGACCUCAACAUCCAGCGCGUCCUGCGGGUCAACAGGACGCUGUUCAUCGGCGACAGGGACAACCUGUACCGGGUGGAGCUGGAGCCCCCCACGUCCUCGGAGCUGCGGUACCAGCGGAAGCUGACCUGGCGCUCCAACCCCAGCGACAUCAACGUGUGUCGGAUGAAGGGCAAGCAGGAGGGCGAGUGUCGGAACUUCGUGAAGGUGCUGCUACUCCGGGACGAAUCCACGCUCUUCGUGUGCGGAUCCAACGCUUUCAACCCCGUGUGUGCCAACUACAGCAUGGACACGCUGCAGCCUCUCGGGGACAACAUCAGUGGCAUGGCCCGCUGCCCCUACGACCCCAAACACGCCAACGUCGCCCUCUUCUCUGAAGGGAUGCUCUUCACGGCCACUGUCACCGACUUCCUAGCCAUCGACGCUGUCAUCUACCGCAGCCUCGGGGACCGGCCCACUCUGCGCACCGUGAAACACGACUCCAAGUGGUUCAAAGAGCCCUACUUUGUUCACGCGGUGGAGUGGGGCAGCCACAUCUACUUUUUCUUCCGGGAGAUCGCGAUGGAGUUUAACUACCUGGAGAAGGUGGCGGUGUCGCGCGUGGCCCGAGUGUGCAAGAAUGACGUGGGCGGCUCGCCCCGCGUGCUGGAGAAGCAGUGGACGUCCUUCCUGAAGGCGCGGCUCAACUGCUCCGUGCCCGGGGACUCGCACUUCUACUUCAACGUGCUGCAGGCCGUCACAGGCGUCGUCAGCCUGGGCGGCCGGCCCGUGGUCCUCGCUGUGUUUUCCACCCCCAGCAACAGCAUCCCCGGCUCGGCCGUCUGUGCCUUUGACAUGACGCAGGUGGCUGCCGUGUUCGAGGGCCGCUUCCGCGAGCAGAAGUCCCCCGAGUCCAUCUGGACGCCUGUGCCGGAGGAUCAGGUGCCGCGGCCCCGGCCCGGCUGCUGCGCGGCUCCCGGCAUGCAGUACAACGCCUCCAGCGCCUUCCCCGACGAGAUCCUCCACUUCGUCAAGACCCACCCCCUGAUGGACGAGGCGGUGCCCUCGCUGGGCCACGGGCCCUGGAUCGUGCGGACCCUGAUGCGGCACCAGCUGACGCGCGUGGCCGUGGACGUGGGCGCCGGCCCCUGGGGCAACCAGACCGUCGUCUUCCUGGGCUCCGAGGCGGGCACCGUUCUCAAGUUCCUCGUCUGGCCCAACACCAGCGCCUCGGGCUCUGCCGGGCCCAGCGUCUUCCUGGAGGAGUUCGAGACCUACCGGCCCGACAGGUGUGGACGGUCCGGCGGCAGCGAGACGGGGCAGCGGCUGCUGAGCCUGGAGCUAGACGCGGCCUCGGGCGGCCUGCUGGCGGCCUUCCCCCGCUGUGUGGUCCGAGUGCCCGUGGCCCGCUGCCAGCAGUACUCGGGGUGCAUGAAGAACUGUAUCGGCAGCCAGGACCCCUACUGCGGGUGGGCCCCCGACGGCUCCUGCAUCUUCCUCAGCCCCGGCACCAGAGCCACCUUCGAGCAGGACGUGUCCGGGGCCAGCACCUCAGGCUUAGGGGACUGCACGGGCCUCCUGCGGGCCAGCCUGGCGGAGGAGCGCGCGGGGCUGGUGUCGGUGAACCUGCUGGUGACCUCGUCGGUGGCGGCCUUCGUGGUGGGCGCCGUGGUGUCGGGCUUCAGCGUGGGCUGGUACGUGGGCCUCCGCGAGCGGCGCGAGCUGGCGCGCCGCAGGGACAAGGAGGCCAUCCUGGCGCACGCGGGCGCCGAGGCCGUGCUGAGCGUCAGCCGGCUG